AGGCGGUUAUAAAGAAUAGAGUAUAAUAGGCAAAAUAGAUAAAGAAUAGGAAAAAAAUACAAAAAGUAAAAACACCUGUUAUUCCUGAUUUCUUUUACAGAAAGAUCUCAAUUACGUCGACUCAUGUGUUAGAGUGAUGAUCCUGCUAUUGGUAUUAACAGUGUUACCUGUUUGUAUAUAUGGAGAUAUUUGUACUGAUAGCAAAAAACUCGAAGAAAUUGCUACUAAUUGUGCUACAAAAGACAUUCUCUCGUUCUACCAGUCAACAACAACAGAGGCUAAGUGUGGAUAUUUGCUGAAUAAUGUACAGAUGUGUGUAUUCGAUACAGUCAAUAAUACAUACGACAAGAUCUGCUCGGCCAAAGACAAACACCAAAUGAUUGUGGACUUCAAAGAUGAAGUGAUGCAAUUUCUACAGUUUGAUAUUAAUUUAUGUAUACCACAGAGAUCAUGCAGCAAUAUUGUGUCAAUACUUUACUACCUUCCUGUAAUAUGUGAAUCUGUAUAUUACCAGUUUGUCCAGACGGGAAACUGUAGCAUAUAUUUAGAUAACAUAAAUUGCUACAAAGACAACAUUAAUACAACUGAAUCCUGUGACAACAGUGUUAUGGAUGGUAUUAUCAAGUCUAAUAUAGAUAUGUGGAAGGGAUCCACUAAACAGCAAGCCAAUUGCCCAGGUUUUACAGAGUCAGAGGACGGGGAUACCAGUUCUGCAGAUACGAUGACGUCAUAUUUUUACAAACUCUUUUGUUUCUUUCUUUGUUUACCUUUUGUUUUCGUGAUUCUUUAAUAAAAUUGUUUUUUGUA